AUGGCUUUGGAAGCACACUAUGAUUAUAUCGUCGCCGGCGGCGGCCUGUCUGGUUGCGUCGUCGCCUCCAGGCUGAAGGAGUACAGACCCGACGCAAAAAUCCUGCUCAUCGAGGCUGGUCAGGACACACGGUCCCGCACCGACAUCCUCAAGCCCGAGGUCCUCAACCUGGGCGGUGAGCUGGACUGGAUGUUUCCCUGUGAGCCCUCGCCUGGCGUCAAUGCCCGGCCUAUGGUCCUCAACGCCGGCAAGGGCCUCGGAGGCGGCACCCUCAUCAAUUCUGGUGGCUGGCUCCGUGGCUCCUCCAUCGAGUAUGACGAGUGGGCAGCCCGCGUUGGUGACAAGCGGUGGAGCUACGCCGGCCUGCUCCCCUGGAUGAAGAGAACAGAGUCGUGGUACGAAGACAGCCCUGCCCACCACGGCAAGGACGGCGCCAUCGCCGUCGCCCACACGGUCAAGUCGGCGAACCGGACUUAUCCCCUGACCGGGCCUGUAGCCUCGGCGUGGGACGAGCUGGGUGUCCCCGCGCUGGAGGAUUUCGACCAGAACUCGGGCUCCAACCUGGGGCGCGCGCAGCUGUGUGAGGCUCGUGCUGAUGGUUUGCGCGAGCAUGCCGCCAUCAAAUACCAGCUCGACGGCGUUGAGAUCCUCGUUGACACCCUGGUAAAGAAGGUCGUGAUCGAGAAGGUGGGCGGAAACCCCAGGGCGGUUGGUGUCGAGCUCGCAGAUGGUAGGGUGGUCAAGGGUGGGGAGACGAUCGUCUGCACAGGCGCCAUCAAGUCACCCCAGCUGCUGAUGCUGUCCGGAAUCGGACCCGCGCAGGUCCUGAGGGAGCACGGCAUCGAGCCUGUCGUUGACAACCCCGAGGUCGGCCAGAACCUGCACGACCACGCGUCCGUCUAUCAGUUCUGGAAGCUCAAGGACCCGGAGAGGGGCCUCACGCUGGGCUCGCCCAACCCGCUCUUCCAGUCGCCCGAGUACACCAAGGGCGUCCCGGCAGACUGGAUCGUGUCAACCGACGUGCCGCAUGACGGCCUGGCAGAGGCUCUGGAGAAGGACGAGGGCGCCUCUCCUGACCCGGCCGCGCACCCGCUGCUCAGACAGGGCCGCUCGCACGUCGAGACCUGCCUGCUGUACCUCAAACUCCCCAUGCCGGGCACCGCGCCCGACUAUGCCCACCUGACCACCCUCCUCGUCGGUUUCCUGCCCACCUCCCGCGGCAGUGUUUCCCUGCGCUCUGCAGACCCGGCUGCGGCGCCGCGCAUCUCGAUGAACUACCUGGCCACAGAGGUCGACAGGUACAUCUUUCGCAGCGGCCUGCGCCAGCUGACGCGCUUAAUGUUGGACACGGAGUUUGGGCGCGAGUAUGUCGAGGGCGAGUCCAUGGUCCUGCCUUUGCCUGGCGUCGAGCCCGCGCAGCUGGACGACAGCGACGAGAAACUGGACGCGCGAUUGCGGACGACGGCGGUCACAACGUGGCAUGUUUGUGGCACCUGCAGUAUGGGCACGAUCGUCGACUCGGAGUGUAGGGUCAAGGGAGUUGAUGGACUGCGCGUCGUGGAUGCUUCCAUAAUACCUGUUCCGUUGAGUGCUCAUAUUCAGGCCGGUGUCUACGCCCUUGCCGAGCUGGCCGCAGCGAUUAUCGCUGGCAAGGUUUAG